UAAAGAUGAAUUUAUUUUUCUAUUUUGAGAAUUUUAUUCGUGUUAUUGUUAUCAUUUACAGUCUAUGAGACGUUAUAACACUCCAGUUAGUGCUUUAUAAGCAGCACCCGGACUCCAUGAACCACGUUGCAUGUUUACGGUAGUGACGUAAGGACACAACCGGAAGUUGAAACCCUGCGUACGUUGGAAGCCAGUGUUCACAGUGAUAUGUUAGGAUUUGUGUGUAUUUCAAGAAGAGUGAACAUAUUAGUGUGAAAUUAUAUAUACUUUUUUUUAAAAGAAUGGCCCAGUACACAUUCCAGGAGCAGCUGCUGUCCGUUAUGGAGAUUGUGGCCAAAGCGGCUACGGAGGAAAUUAACCGGCGAGUGGCCGACAGUUGUGCGGUGAUCCGCAUCGAGCUUUCCCGCAGCCAGAGGGACAUUGACGGCCUGAAACGGAAAUGCCAGGUGAUGGAGAACGAACUGAGGAAGGUACGAGGAAGAGCGAGGAGAAAAGUGUUCAUCUGCAGCUCCUCUGAGAAGAUACCUUUCCAGAGUGUGUGUGCCAGAAACACGAGUGAAAAUGCAUGCGGAGCUGAAACGCCUGUCCUUCCAGCACAGGAGGAUCCUGAAGCGUCUACACGACACGUCCACCAGAGUAUCCAGAUACUGGAGGACAGAUCUACAACAACGGCCAUUAAAGAGGAAGGAAAUGAAAAUGAUUCAUGGAUGAGGGAAGAGGCUGCAGUACAAUUUCCUUAUGGGUGUCACAGCAACACACACCAGCACCCAGCACAGGACAUAAACGUGGAACAAAACCGAUAUAGCGAAGACCUGGAGGGACAGAGGACACACCUCACACGCAUCGGUUCUCCAGUUACAAGCAACGAGGAGCAUCCGAGCCGCCUAAGACUUCAGGUAAAAACUGAAAAGGAGGAAGACGAAGAGAAGGAAGUAGCGGAAGUCAUCGUGGUCGAGGGGUCUGAGCGAAGGAGAGAAGAACCGAAUCACCCGGAAUUUGCGUAUAACAACAACAACAACAGUGACGACGCCCAAAGAACGGACAAGUCCUUCGCGUCCACUCAUCUUUCAAGCGACCUUCCGGUCUUCCCCCAGCCUGUAGAAGCGGCCAUGGAACAAUCCGGAAACGACGGCAAAACUAUCCAAAACGAGCAGAUGGAGAUGUAUGGUGUCGGACAGGUUGGUGUCCAUGAGCAAGCACAGUCAGUUUGGUGCAGGGAGAGAGCACACGAGGCAGAUCAUAUGGGACAAAGACAGAGGCAUGAUGGCUCGAGCGCACAUCAUCAGCACAGGACUUUAUCCAGACACAGUGGAGUCGGAACUGGACCGGGCAUGGGAUCUAACGUACCCCAGCAGGCGUUUUUGGGAAGAGGCCGCGGAGGAAACAGACGUUUCCGCGCUCAGUGGGUAACGAGUGUGGACGGAGAGCGGCGCUUCCGAUGCUCUUUCUGUGAGCGGACGUUUGUGCGCUUCGGCCAGCUGAAGGAACACAUGCGCAGCCAUACAGGCGAAAGGCCGUACUCGUGCAGCCAGUGCGGCCGCAGCUUCACCAAACAGGGCAAUCUGAUCCGGCACGCCGUGGUGCACAGUGGAGAGAAACCGUACCAGUGCAGCCUGUGUGGGAAAUGUUUUACUCAGCGCUCCAGCUUGAAGUCCCAUCAAAAAACACACACACCGGACAGAGACACUGUUCUGCAAGGAUUAGCGGUGCGUCAGCUGGUCAGAGAGCAACACAACAGCCUGGCUGUCACGCAAACCAGGGGUUAUGUAUAGCAACACCCACAAAUUUCAUUAUAACCAGGAUGGACAUGCCGAUAAGCACAUUCACACAUACGCCAUGUUUGCGCCAUGCUAACAUUGGCUAGGAAUUUUCUUACUCAAGGACAGACGUCUUCUAAAAGUAAUUCUUUUUGGAGAUGGACUACUGAAAGUUUGAAAAUCAUGACGUAUAGCUAAUCUAACAUUAAAAACAACAUUAGCUAGGUUAUUGUGUCCUAACAGGCCAUGCAGGUCAGAGUUCAGUCCGUUGUUGGCAUUCAUCAUUCUUGUUUUUACCCCCAAUACUUUCCCAAUGCUUUGAUUCAUCGUAUUCGUUUUGCACCAGACUCGUCCUGUUAGCAGUGCACGUUUGACUUCUGUUAUCACGACAUUCCACGUGGGACACGCUCGUGAAUUAAAGCUAGUCUGUUAAUCCGGACAUCGCCUGGCUGUGGUUUAUCUGCAGCUCUUUCACGCUAAACAAUACUCUGAAGUAAUCGGCAUGUCUUCUAGAAAUCCUUUCUGACACUGCGUUUUGUGUUGUGCAAAAACGACAAUAUUGUGGAACAUGAUUUCUCAUUACACCACUACAGUGAUCUAAGACUUGCUCGCUCACACACGUUGGCUGUAUAUCAGUUGUGUUUUUUGUAGUGUACUGAUUGAAGACAAUGUCAUAAAAUCGUAUUGUCAUGGUCAUCCAGUUCCACCAAAUACAAUAUUUUCUGAUGGUUGGUGCAA